AUGAAACUGCUCAGACUUGUUUUGUUCGCUCUUUUGACAAGGGCACAAAAGCCCUUUUGUAGGUUGUUGGGUCCUAUUCAAAACCCAGAACUAUCAAAACAUGGAGAUGUCAUAAUAGGAGGCAUUUUCUCACUUGAUAGUUCAAACAUAAUUGAAACAGAUGAUUUUACCAUAAAACCAACAAAGGGAGGAUGCAAACGACGUAAUUACAGAGAGUUAAAGUUUGCACGGACAGUGAUUUUCACCAUUGAGGAGAUCAACAGAAACCCUGAGCUGCUCCCAGGAAUCACACUGGGAUACAGGAUCUAUAACGGCUGUGGAACCCUAAACCUGCUAAGAGCAACACUGGCAGCUCUCACAGGGCUGCAGGAAAAUCAGCUAGAAAAGAGCUGCACCUUUCCUAGAGUGCAAGCCCUCAUUGGACACUCCUCAUCUGGGCCCAGUGGUGAAAUCAGCAAGAUCAUCAACCCCUUUAACAUACCACUGAUCAGCCACCUUGCAACCUGCGAAUGUCUGAGCAACAAGAAUGUAUACUCCACCUUUUUCAGAACAGUGCCCAGUGACUACUUUCAGAUCAUUGCACUGGUGCAGCUCAUGAAACACUUUGGAUGGACCUGGGUGGGAGUGGUUUUCAGUGUGGGGACAUAUUCUGAAGAGGGAUCAGCUGCAUUUAUCAGGGAGGCAAAAAAGGAGGGCAUCUGUGUGGAGUACCUUCAGCAAUUCAGCAGAACUUACUCAAAGAAUCAAAUUUGUGAAAUUGCACAGACAAUAAAAAGCUCCACUUCCACAGUGGUUUUAGCCUUCAUGUCUAAGUCAUACUUUCGCCAUUUCUUAGAGAGCAUGGAGGGGAUGAAUCUCACAAAUAUCCAGUGGAUCGGCAGCGAGGCCUGGAUUACAAGUGGAGAUCUAUUAACUGAGGAGAGAGCAGAGCUCCUGCAGGGAGCCAUGGGAUUUGCCAUCACUGAGUCUCACAUCCCCGGCCUGACAGAGUUCUUACUGAGUCUGCGGCCCUCUGACGCCCCUGACAGCAUAUUCCUCAGAACCUUCUGGGAGACGGUGUUUGACUGCAGCCUUUCUGUCUCUGACGGGUCUGACAAAUUUAAGUUGUGCAGUGGCUCUGAAGAUUUAAGGACCAUCACUAAUGAUUACACUGACAUGUCAGAGUCCAGAACGGUAAAUAACGUUUACAAGGCCGUAUAUGCUGUGGCACAUGCCAUUCACAAUCUGCUACAGUGCCACAAUGGAACAAAUCCCAGCACUGGAAAGAACUGUCUCAGUAAGAGUGACGUUCAGCCUUGGCAGGUUCUCCAGCAACUGAAGACAGUUAAUUUUACCACCCAGUCAGGAGACAAGGUUUAUUUUAAUGAAAAUGGUGACUCAGUGGCAAUGUAUGACUUAGUGAAUUGGCAGAUAGGUGUUGAGGGGUCCCUAAACAUUGUUAACGUGGGUAAAUAUGAUGCAUCAUUGUCAGAUGGGCAGAUGUUUAAAAUGAAAGAAAAUGUCGGCAUUGUUUGGACUGGACAGCAAGACAAGGUACCGCAGUCAGUCUGCACAGAGAGCUGCCCACCUGGAAGCCGAAAAGCCAUAAACAAAAGAAAACCUGUGUGCUGCUUUGAUUGCAUAGAAUGUGCUGAUGGAGAAAUAAGUAACCAAACAGACUCCAUUGACUGCAUGAAAUGUCCACCAGAAUACUGGUCCAAUGAAAACAGAAGCCAAUGUGUUUUAAAAGCCAUUGAGUACCUGUCAUAUGAAGAAAUCAUGGGAAUAUUCCUUGUUGGGUUUGCUUGUCUUGGUGCUGUUUUAGCAUUUGUUGCAUCAACUGUGUUUCUCCUUUUCAAAGACACGCCGAUUGUGAAAGCCAACAACUCAGAGCUGAGUUUCCUGCUGCUCUUUUCAUUGAAACUGUGUUUCCUUUGCUCUCUUACCUUCAUCGGCCGGCCCUCUGAGUGGUCCUGUAUGCUGCGCCACACUGCGUUUGGGAUCACCUUUGUUCUCUGCAUCUCCUGUGUUCUGGGGAAAACAAUAGUGGUGUUAAUGGCCUUCAGGGCUACACUUCCAGGCAGUAAUGUGAUGAAGUGGUUUGGGCCUCUGCAGCAGAGACUGAGUGUUCUUGCUUUCACUCUCAUACAGGUUCUUAUUUGUGUGCUUUGGUUAACAAUAUCCCCUCCGUUCCCCAACAAGAACAUGAAGCACUACAAAGAGAAGAUCAUUCUAGAAUGUGAUGUAGGAUCAGCAGUGGGGUUCUGGGCUGUGCUGGGUUAUAUUGGGCUCCUCUCUAUAUUGUGCUUUGUUUUAGCUUUUCUGGCUCGUAAGCUGCCUGAUAACUUCAAUGAAGCCAAAUUCAUCACAUUCAGCAUGCUCAUAUUCUGUGCAGUCUGGAUCACCUUUAUACCAGCUUAUGUCAGCUCCCCUGGAAAGUUCACUGUAGCUGUGGAAAUAUUUGCAAUUUUAGCAUCCAGCUUUGGCUUGCUGUUUUGUAUUUUUGUGCCCAAGUGUUAUAUUAUUAUAUUCAAGCCUGAAUUUAAUUCAAGGAAGCAUUUGAUGGGUAAGAUGCCUUCUAAAGCUCUCUAGCUUCAAAUGAGCGCAAGCCUUUUUUAGUAUACAAGUAGGUCUUCAGUUGCAUGUUCUAUAAAUUCUGUUAUCGGACUGGGGAUGGACAGAACAUUUGGACACAGGGAGAUAUGAGGUGACAGUACUAUCCACUAAACCAACUGUGCUAUGCUACAUGGAACCACAUCUGUUGUGCCUCAUUAAAGGCACACUAUGCAGGAUUUUUAAAAAAAAAGCUUUGCUGAGGUCUUGUUUACAAUCAAACAAAGUCUCCUCCUCCAUCUCCAACCCCACCCACCCACCUCAAGUUGGCUACCUGACCAAGUCAAUGACACACAAAUUCAUUAGAAACUACCAGUAAAACCACAAACUGGAUAUGUGCCAAUAAUUUGAAAACGGAUGUUCUGGCUUGUCUGAUGACCCUAGCUGGAUAGCUAGAGGCAACAUUAUCUACAGGUCCAACAGAAAACAAGCCAACUCUGAAUCACUUUUCAUCCUCUUGGCAAACUUCAGGUGAUGCCACUGAGGAAAAGCAAUUCCAAGGUUAACUCUAGUUCUUGAACGAGCCCAGUCGGCUUGUCCUUUUGCUUCACUGUAUCUAGGCCAUUGCAUUGGCUUGCUAGCUAUCAACAAACACUCCACUGAGAUCUGAUCCCAAACCACAGGCUCUGCAGCCACACCCACCCCUCCCCACACAGGAGAGUGCCACAGCCAGAAACAUCCCAAACACAUUUUAGAAUAACAAAUACUGGUAAAGGUGAAUGAAUUUGACAAAAGUGUGUAAAGAUAUUGCCAGUGCAUCAUAGAUAUGCAUUAGCAUGGUUAUUUUAUAAUAUUUUGAAGGUAAAAAUCCUGCAUAGUACACCUUUAAAGUACUGUCAACAUGUCAACUACGUAGGUAUUCUACAUAUAUUUAUCCCGGUACUACAUGUGACGGACGGCUAUGAAAUCAGAAAUGAUGUAUUUCUACUCAUAAUACAGAUUUGGGAUAUUUUGAAAGCUUACAAAAGAUGAUUGUUAUAUACACAAUCAUUACAAAAAUUAUACUUUGUGCUUGUGAUGUUUUAUUCAUUUAAUUUCCAGUGUGAAUCCACCAUUCAUAUUUUGUAAAAUUGUUGUGUAGUUCAAGCUUUACCUUUGAAAAGAGUCAUAAGGCUUCAGAGCCAAAAUGUUUGCCCAUAAAAUUGUCCACUAUUUUAAUUCAAAUUCAAAUAGCUAUAACAGCAGUUUUGUACUCUGAAAUCCUUGUUUUCGAUCAUCAUUUAGUUUGUCUCAGUAAGAGAACAUUUUAUGGUAUUUUUAGCAUUUUAAAAUUUAUGCUACAGCAAUGUAUGAUUUGUUUGUGAUUAUAUUUCUCCUGGUGAGAGGAUGUUCAAAGCACUUGUAGUUUGUUUUGUUAUUGAAUUGGACUUAUCUGCAUUUUAUAACUCCAAAUAGCUAUAGCACUUGGACUUUUACCUUAAAGAGUGUAUAAGAUAACAGGGAACUAGAGACAACACACCCUUAGCUGCUGUGAUCAACAGUACCCAA